AUGCGGUCUAAGAGACACCUCGACACCAGCGCUCUUCCUUUCGACACCCCUCUCGUAAUAAUGACUACCGAGAAUGAACUCCUUAGAGAGGAAUGUGAGAUGCCCAUGUUUGUUGAGCUUCAGCGAGCGGAACGUGGAAUGUUUCUCAUUCGGAGCGCCACUAGUCGAGACAAAUACCUGGAUCAAAUGGGGAACUGCUUUCGAGAGCGCCAAUAUGCCAACGAGUUCGUGGCGAAGCUUCAAGAUGGCGAAGAAAUUACCUUCGAAGACAGUAGUGGCGGCUCGGCGCUCAAAUUAAGCUUCGGACGUUGCCGUUUUGGGUCAAAUAAUGGUACAGUCGAUUCAGCAGCCCGACGACAGCUGAUCGUCAAGUUCUCCAAGAGCGGCAAGUCGAGUGAUGGAAUUAGCAAGAUCCUCACACUGCUGUACGGCACGGCGACUCCUCCUAGGAAUCUGGCCAAGACGGACGCGAUGAAGCUCGAGCGUCGACGGCAGAUACUGAUGCUAGUUGAAUCGGUGCUUACUCUAAGAAAAAUCAAAACCAUUCCCAAUUUUUUUACUCAAGCGAACGCACCCAUGGUCGAGCCUUUUGAUGCCAAGGCGCUCCCGCUUGCGGUUCCUCUGGUGAUGGCGACUUCGUUUCGUGUCACCUUGCGCACUCCCAGUCCCGGUGUUUCCUUUGUCGAGCUCUAUCGCAAUGGCGAUGAGACGAUCAGCAUUCGAAACGCCAAGAACAAGAGCGAGCACCUCGUACUGAGCUCGUAUUCCCAGUGCGUCUUUGGAAGCCUCGAAGAUGCGCUCAAGUUCAAGAUGAAGAUGUCUCCAGCUGGACUUUUCGUGUUUGAGGAAGCUGCGACAGGAAAUGCGCUCGAGAUUGAGUACCAAGGACGUGUGAGGCUCGUCGUGUGCCGCAACAAGUAUCAGAUGGAGACGCAGUCUUGGUACCUGCUGCAACAGCACACGCUCGGCUCGACUGUCUCGCAGCCGUGUACUUCUACCGACCCGCUAAGCUUGGCUGAAGCAUCUGAAGACGAGAUGGGAGGGCGACGCCAACUCGUAAUGCAUUUACUGGACUCUGGGAAGGCCGCCAAGGACGUCGGCGACAUCCUGACGCUCAUGUACGGCUCGCCCCAACCUUUCAAGACUGAAGUCGCCACGGAAGAAUUGUGUGCUGAGCGCCGACAGCUCAUUGUGAAGCUUGUCGAGUCGGGCAAGUCGGCGAAGGAAGUUGGCAAGAUACUGGUGCUGAUGUACGGCUCGACUGCACCUCUCCAAGAGUAG